UCUCCUUCAACUAGAACAAAUAAUCUAAAUCGGAUAUCAAGAAUCUAAACCGGAUAUAGAACGAUGAACACAUCCAAGACCAAGAAGAAGCAAGAAGAGGUUGGUACAAGGUUUCUUGGGGUAAGAAGGAGACCUUGGGGAAGAUAUGCAGCUGAGAUUAGACACCCAACUACAAAGGAGCGUCACUGGCUUGGCACUUUUGAUACGGGCGAGGAAGCUGCCUUGGCCUACGAUAGAGCUGCUCGGUCAAUGCGUGGCACUCGAGCCCGAACCAACUUUGUCUACUCAGACAUGCCUCAUUCCUCCUCCGUCACCUCCAUUGUUUCCCCUGACGAGCCUCCUCCUCCUCCUCCUGUUGCUGCUCCUACUUGUUCGAAUGAUCAUGUCGACUACAUGAUGAUGUUUAACCAAUAUUUAUCCACAGAUUCGCCAAUGCUGCAGCCUCAGUCUGAUCAAGUAGAGAGUAGUUACAUGUUUGGUGGCUCUCCUUCUUGUUAUUCUAAAAACAGCUGCGAGCUGCCUCCUCUGCCGAGUGACUUGUCUAGUUCUUGUUACAGCCAACAACAGUGGAACGUGGAAGACUACUCCUCCGCUAACUAUUUCGAGGGUGAGUAUGUUCACAGCCCAAUGUUCAGCAGUAUGCCUUCGGUUUCUGAAUCUAUGCCUCAUGGUUUCAACCACUUUGGCUUCUAUAAUUAACAUCUUCUCCAUAUUUAAAUUCUUUCUCUCAUAUGUAUCUUUUUUUUUGUGUUUCAUUAUG